AUGGAAUAUGGUGCUCGUGGUGAUGGCAAAUCUGAUGAUUCACAUAUUCAAGGGAAAAUAAUUGCACCUCCUAAGAAAUCAUGGAAAUCAGGGUUGGGUUGGAUUAGGAUCCAAUAUGUAAAUGGUCUCACAAUUGAUGGCACAGGAGGAGGAAUUGACGGCUAUGGUUCUACAUGGUGGUCAUGCAUAAGUUGCCUUCGACCUAUAGUCUUGUCUUUCCAUUCUUGCAAUGAUCUUAGUGUUAGAAAACUAAAGAUCACCAAUAGCCCGGGAGGUCAUAUAGCCAUAAAUGGUUGCUACGGUGCAAAAUUCUCCAAUGUAGUAAUUGAUUCUCCUGCUCAUAGCCCCAACACUGAUGGAUUUGACAUUUCUGCUUCGAAGAAUAUCGUGAUAGAAGAUUCAACCAUUCAAGCAGGUGAUGAUUGUAUUGCCCUCAAUGGUGGUUCUUCUUACAUCAAUGUUACCCGUGUUUUUUGUGGACCCGGCCAUGGAAUAAGCAUUGGCAGCCUUGGUAAACAUAAUUCUCAUGAAAUAGUUGAAGAAGUUUAUGUACGGAACUGCAGCUUCAUUGAUACUACAAAUGGAGCAAGAAUCAAGACAUUUCCUGGUGGAUCGGGAUAUGCAAGGAAGAUUAUUUUUGAGCAAAUCCAACUUAAAAAUGUUUACAAUCCAAUAAUUAUAGACCAACACUAUGGUUCUCAAGUUGCAACGAAUUCAGCCCUGCAAGUGAAUGAUGUGACAUAUCGUGGAUUUAACGGAACUUGUGCCGGUGAUAUUGCUAUUGAUUUGGAUUGCAUGGAUUGUUUCAACAUUGUAUUGGAUCAAAUUAACAUUGUCUCUUCUCAAAAGAGAAAUAAGGUUUCUGCUAUUUGCAAAAAUUUCCAUGGAAAAAUUGAUGAUUCCGUUGUUCCAAAGGCAUUUGUCAGUGCAUGGAGUAGUGCGUGUAAAGCAGCAGAGAUGUCAACACUGGUCAUACCCGUAGGAAAAACAUUUAUGGUGUCGAAACUAAGUUUUAGCGGUCCUUGCACCAACAAAAAUAUUCUUAUUCAGCUUGAAGGGAAAAUAGUUGCACCUUCAAAGGUAGGUUGGAAAGCUCAGUCAUAUUGGAUUACCGUGCAAUCUGUAGAAGGACUCACAAUUGAAGGUAAUGGUCGAGGAGUACUCGAUGGAGAUGGUUCGACUUGGUGGCAAUGCAAAUCAUGUGCUCGACCUGGGGUCUUCUUGUUUCAUUCAUGCAAGGGUCUCAAUGUUAGUAAUCUGAGUAUCACUAAUAGUCCACGUUCCCAUGUAGCUGUUAAUAUGUGCAAUGGUGCAACAUUUUCUAAUAUAUCUAUUAAUUCACCUGGUACUAGCCCCAAUACUGAUGGGUUUGACAUUGCUUUAUCCACUCAUAUUGUGAUACAUGAUUCCAACAUAAAAUCUGGUGAUGAUUGUAUUGCAGUCAAUGGUGGUUCUACUUUUGUCAAUGCUAUAAGGAUUACUUGUGGACCUGGCCAUGGAAUAAGUGUUGGAAGCCUUGGUAAAAACGGAACUGAGGAUAAAGUUUCUGAUAUUCAUGUGCGAAAUUGCACAUUCAAUGAAACUCAAAAUGGAGCACGAAUCAAGACAAUUCCUGGUGGAUCAGGUUAUGCAAAACAGAUUACAUUUGAGCAAAUCAUCCUUGUUAAUGUUAGGAAUCCAAUAAUUAUAGAUCAGGAUUACGGUAUUGGUCGGAAGGGUGCAAAUGUGUCGGUGAGUUCAGUGAAAUUUCGAGGAUUUACCGGAACUUCUGCUAGCGGCUUAGCUAUUCAGUUAAAUUGUAGCUCUUCUGGUUGUUAUGACAUUUUAUUGGAACAAAACAACAUUGUUUCUGCUCAACCAGAAAAGGCGGCUUCUUCUUUUUGUACAAAUGCCCAUGGAACUGCUAGAAAUACUGUUCCAAAUAUCCCUUGCUUAUCAAAUUAA